AUGUCUGGUUUACGUUCGCUCUCUUCUCUUGUACUUGCGCUGGCGACCUGCGCGCCAGGCGCCCUAGCCGAUUUCUUUGGCCCUAACUGGUUCCAGCAGGAAGGCGUCCAUGUUCAGCGCCUCGUCGUGACCAUGAAGGUGCCGGCUAUCCCGGAGAAGCUCUCCGGCGAGACCCUCUUCAUUUGGCCUGGCAUCCAGCCCGGUAAUGCCCUCCAGGAGGCUAACGGGGAUCCCGCUGGCGUGGACAAUGGGGUGCUGCAGCCGGUUCUUACUUGGGGCCCAUCCUGCGCUCCCGGUACCCAGCCAUCUGACCAGUGGUGGAUUAGCGGGCAAUACGUCAACACCAAUACCCAGAACUCCAAGUUCGCGGGGUGCUUCGGUGGGGACAUCAUGGCGCUGCAACCCGACGACCUCGUUGAGUGCACCAUGGAGCUCACGAACGGUUCCACAAGCACCUGGGACCAGACAUGCGUCAACCAGUCCAAUGGCGAGAGCGUUUCUUUCCAAUUCGACCUCGCCGGUCAGCUUCAGGGCUGGACUGAGCUCAUCGUCGAGACUACCACCGCAAGCUCGCAGCAGAAGUGGGACUUCCCCGCCUACUUCUACAACAUGGAGUUCACCACCGACGCGCCCAUGUCGCAGGACAUCUGCGUCCUGCCAGAGUCUGGCGAGAACUACGUGUCCCAAGGCGGCGCGCUCAGCUCGGAUGGCCUCACCUGCACACUCGCCAGCGCUGCCAUCUUCAACCCAGCAUUCGUGCUCGCGACCACAUGGACCGGCCCGGGCUUCUUCCUGCCUGAGGGCACGCACAUCAAGAAGCUCACGACCACCAUGAAGGUCCCGGCUAUUCCGGCGAACGACCUCGAUGGACAGACGCUCUUCAUCUGGCCUGGUAUCCAGCCCGGCAAUGCGCUCAACGAGGCCAACGGCGACCCAGCUGGUGUUGGCAACGGCGUCCUGCAACCCGUCUUGACCUACGGCCCUUCCUGCGUCCCCGGUGACCAUCCCGAGGACCAGUGGUACAUCAGCGGUGUCUACGUCGGUGGUGGCGCCAACCCCGACUACGAUGGUUGCUUCGGCGGCGACGUUAUGGAAGUCGACCCAGAGGACCUCGUCACCUGCAUAAUGGAACUCAAGGACGGGACGGUGUCUACCUGGGAUCAGACCUGCAUCAACUUGUCCAACAACAACCAGACCCGUUCGAGAAGGACCUCGGCGGCCAAUUGCAAAGCUGGGGCGAGCUGA